AAAACCAAUCAAUCUCCUCUUCUUUCUAUCCAAUUCCACUCGCCGGAAAAUCAAGAAACUCGCCGGAAAAACCAUCCAACAACCCCUUUUUGCAAUCCUUUGAUCGAUUAAUUUCAAGAAUCAGAGAUAUGGAUCUUAAUUUCGAAGCAACCGAACUAAGAUUGGGGUUGCCGGGAUCCAUCGACGACCAGCCGGAGAUUAAAACAUCACCUUCUCCGGCGAACACCAACAAAAGAAGUUCAUCAGAAAUGGGUUCAAGUAUCUCGGAUGCAAACGAUACUUCAAGAUCCCCCCCUCCCGCCAAGGCACAAGUUGUUGGGUGGCCGCCGGUGAGAUCUUACCGGAAAAACAUACUUCAAGGGAAGAAAACCGAUGAAUCGGAGCUGGGUUGUGGGAUAUACGUGAAAGUAAGCAUGGAUGGAGCUCCAUAUUUGAGGAAAGUUGAUCUGAAAAUGUACAAAAGUUAUGAAGAACUAGUGAAGGGUUUACAAACGAUGUUUAAGUGCAUUAUAGGGUUGUACUCAGAGAGAGAAUUAGGGUACAACCAUGGAUCUGCAUACAAACCAACUUAUGAAGACAAAGAUGGAGAUUGGAUGCUGGUUGGAGAUGUGCCAUGGGAGAUGUUUCUAAGUUCUUGCAGAAGGCUUAGAAUCAUGAAAGGAUCUGAAGCUAUGGAGGGUUGAUCAUGGAGUUGAUGAAGAGGGUUUUGUUUUUUAUUUUCAAGAAAUGAAACCAAUCACAAUAUGUAAAUAUGAUCAUGUAAUUUUUUUUGCAUCUACAUGUUUUUAUGAAAGCAAAUAUAUAUGAAUACUUGUUGAAAUUUUCAA